AUGACUGUUUACACACUGAACAAACGGGAAACAUGUCUUUCAGGUGGACAGCAGACGGGGGCCGUGUAUCGGUUCAGUUUCGAUGUAAAUCCCUCAGAUGUGCUUGAACUGGACGCCACACUGGGAGACUGUAUACUGCACGACCCUGUCAAAGCCGUUUCACUCUUUCAGUCAGUUUGUUAUCUGUCUAUAAAAACACUGUCACUUAUUGACCACAUUGAAACAGAAAACCAGGUUAAUGUUGUUUUAAAGCCAACCCACUUGCCACCUUUUCCCAACUAUUGUUUGGAUCUCUCCGAGUUUCCCCGUGGGUAUGGUCCAAUGAGACCCUUAGCUUUGGAGGGCCUUGUAAUUGCCAUGACACGUGUCACCAAAUACACACAAGGAGCCAGAUUUCUCUGCUCAGAAGAGAAAUGCCCUUGCUCUAGAGGGUUUCAACAUAUCAGAGUUCAUGCACCAGGUGCCACAGAGUCUGCCACAGUUAGGAGCGAUUUUACCUGCUUUCUCUGCUCUUCUCCGCUGAAAGAGGAUGUGAAGUCUCGGGUUUUAGGGGAUAAACAGCUAGUUGAACUCAUUCAUGUGAGAGCAGUGGAUGUUUUGGGAGUUCAUGAUGCUGCUUCCUUAAGAUAUCAAUCUGUCACCCUUUUUCUAAGAGAUGAACUGUGCAACUCCAUGAGAAUCGGCCAUCUGUACCAAGUCGUGGGGAUUCCAGCUCAUGUGCACCAGUGGCCCAAUGUAACCUGGAGCGUAGAGGCUUGCAGCGUCCGACCAUGGACCCCCAAAUGCCCCCAUCUGGUUAGCAGCAACUUCCAGAACCUUCAGACAGCCAUGGCCUGUUCCCCAUGGAGGUUUGCUGCCAUUGUAGCCAACUCAUUUGGUUCCCCGGUGAUCCCACCUGGACUCUACAACACAUUAAAACUGGGGCUACUUCUUAGUUUGGUGCAAACUGAAGAUAAUCCAGACUCUCCCUACCAACUGGAUGUGCUUGCUCUCACCAGCGAGACUCUAAUCAUUGACAGGUUGAUGAGAUACAGCCUGCCAUUGGCCUCGCGUGGCAUUCAUCAUACACUGACAGGAGAUCUGUCAGCAUCUCUGUCUAGAGAUGAACAUGGAGCUGGUACCGCUAACAUCCAUGCAGGUUCAGCUUUGCUGGCAUCUGGAGGUGUCUGUCUGUUGGGAGAUCUCGCAACCUACAAGAAAGACAAGAUGGACAUGAUUCAGUCUGCUCUCGAAAGCAGAACUGUGUCUGUUUUCAUUCCUGCCAAGAAAUAUGGUGAUGAUAUGGACCAGCAGCUCUCCUUCCCAAUCCAGUGCAACUUUUGGGCCCUGGCUGAUUCUGCUUCCCCCUCCAAGAGGACAGCCAGAUGUGAUAAUGUGGUGCUGGGUUCUGUGCUCUUGGCUCAUGCAAGGGAACUAAAGGUGGACAUGAGUCCGGAGGCUGAAAGGAUGAUCCACAGCUAUUACAUGGCCAGUCGCAGGGUUCGCUCAGACUCAACACAGAGAUCCACGGUUUCGGUCACUUCUGUCAAACUGCUGAUUGCUCUGGCCCAGGCUCAUGCUAAACUCAGUCUAAGAACACAAGUUCUAGAGGAAGAUGCAGUCAUUGCAGUUCUGCUGUGUGAAAGUUCAGUCACCUUAAAACAUGGGUUUGAGAAUGAGAAAGUUUGUCUUGGGAAUGCAGGGGCCUCUGCGCUUGUUUUUCCACCCGAUACGGUGUUUCCCUGUGCUCUCCGUGACCUGGACUCCUUGCACCAGAGGGACCUUAUGCUGGAAGAAUCCCGCACACAGAUCUCACAUUUUGUGCAAACCUACGCAACCUGCACAGUAGAGGAAUAA